AUGUCCUUUGAAAAUUUUAAAUCAAAUCCUCCAACUGCGACAACCCGUGAACAAAUGAGUGAUAAUGAAAUACAUCAUGAUAAUCCGAGAUCACAGAAGAUUGCGCUGAAGAAAAUGUUGAAUUUUAAAACAUUGAGAAAAAUAAAAUUACGUGGAAGUGUACAAAAAUCAACUGAAGCACCUUCUUGGGAAACCACAUUGGAAAAAGCUAUAAAAGCCAUCGUAUCUAUUAAGGCCAAUCAUGUGAGAACCUUUGAUACCGAACCAUCUGGCGGAUAUUCGGCAACAGGAUUUGUUGUUGAUAAAGAGAGAGGAAUUAUUUUAUCAAAUCGUCACGUUGUGUCUCCGGGGCCCAUCGUUGCUCAAGCUGUUUUUAGAGAUUAUGAAGAAGUAGAAUUACAACCAAUUUAUCGUGAUCCAGUACAUGAUUUUGGAUUUUUUAGAUUUGAUCCAUCUAAAAUUAAAUUCAUGGAAUUAGAACAAAUUCCACUUAGUCCAGAAAAGGCUAAAAUAGGGAUAGAAAUAAGAGUUGCUGGAAAUGAUAAUGGAGAAAUUUUAUCAAUUUUAUCUGCUCCAGAAUAUGGUAUUGGAGAAUAUAAUGAUUUUAAUACAUUUUAUUUUCAAGCAGCAUCUGGAACUAGUGGUGGAUCAUCAGGUAGUCCUGUAAUUGAUAUUGAAGGUAACGCCGUUGCUCUCAACGCAGGCGGCGAAAGCAUAGCAUCAUCCAGUUUUUAUCUUCCUUUAGAUAGAGUAAAAAGAGCGCUUAAAUAUCUUCAAGAAGGGAAACAAGUUCCUCGUGGAACUUUACAAACAGAAUUUGAAUAUACACCUUAUGAUGAACUUCGACAUUUGGGUCUUAAGGCAAAUAUUGAACAAGAAAUUCGAGAAAAAUUUCCAGAAGAAACUGGUUUAUUGGUCGUUCGUAUUGUCCUACCAAAAGGACCGGCUGAUGGGUUGCUUGUACCCGGUGAUAUUGUUAUUUGUGCAAAUAAAAAUAUUAUAACCAAUUUUACACAUUUAUUUUCAAUAAUUGAUGAUUCAGUUGGUGAGAAUAUAGAAUUAACAAUAUGUCGUGGUAAAACUCAGAUGGAUGUUAGUAUAAAAAUUCAGGAUCUUCAUUCCAUAACACCAAAUCGUUUUGUUGAGGUUAGCGGUGAGAUUGUUAAUGAAUUAUCAUAUCAGCUCGCUCAUUCUUAUUCACAACCUGUUGGAGGUACAUAUGUAGCCACAAAUGGAUAUAUACUUAUUAGUAUUAAUAAUAUUCCCACACCAAAUUUGGACGCAUUUAUUGAAGCUGUGAAAACUUUACCUGAUGGUGCUAGAGUACCAUUAAAAUUUUAUCAUUUACAAAAUAUUCAUAAGGAAAUGGUUGAGAUCGCAUUUAUAGAUCGACAUUGGAAUAAAUUUCAAGUAGCUAUCCGUGAUGAUACUAAUGGGUUAUGGAAUUAUGAGAAAAUGCCACCUCCUGUAUCCAUUCAAUCAUAUGAACCUGUUACAGCACAAUUUCAAACUUUUAAUGAACUAUUACAACCUGUUGGAAAAAUUUGGCCUUCAUUUGUUUUUAUUAAUUGUUUUUUCCCGCAUAAUGUUGAUGGAUUAAGGUAUUUAGAGUCUAAUGGUACGGGGUUGAUAGUAUCUACUGAACCACCUUUAAUUGUAUGUGAUCGAUAUACAGUACCAGUUAAUAUUGGCGAUAUUUUUAUUACUUUUGCUAAUAGUAUUAUGAUACCUGGAAAAUUAGUUUAUCUUCACCCAAUAUAUAAUUGUGCAUUCAUUACAUAUGACAAAACAUUAUUGGAGAAUACUCCUAUCAGAGCGAUUGAAUUAAGUGAUAAGGAUUUAGAACAAGGUGAUGAGGUUUAUUCUAUAGGAAUUUAUGAGAAUCAUAAACCUACAAUUAAGAAAACCGCCGUAAUGAAUAUUAAAGAUGUUAUCACAAAAAAAUGUAGUCCUCCAAGAUGGAGAGCUAUGAAUGUUGAUGAAAUUAGAGUGGAUUAUCCGAUAGAUUUAUUAGGUGGUGUGUUAUGCGAAGAAGAUGGAAAAGUACAAGGGUUAUGGUUAACUUAUUCUUCACAAAAUGAUAAUUGGGAAGAAAUUUCAUUUAUAAAAGGAUUUCCAAUAUCUUUAAUUAAACCGACUAUGAUAUCACUUAAAAAUGGUGAAGAACCAAUAUUAUAUAAUCUUGAUGUAGAAUUUAGAACAAUAAGAUUAGUAGAAGCAAAAAAUUAUGGAUUAUCGGAUGAUUGGGUUAAAAAAAUUGAAUCAUCAAAAAAUUCAAGACAUAAUUUAUUAAGUAUAAUAAAUAUACUUGAUUCAGCAAGUCCUGCAGGAAAAUUAUUAAAAGUAGGAGAUAUUGUUUUAACGAUUAAUGAUAAAAUUAUAACAAAAAUGGCUGAUUUACCCGCAGCUAUAUAUUAUUCAAAAGAAGUUGAUCUGCUAAUAUUACGUGAUAGAGAAGAAAAGAAUUUUAAAAUAGCAACAACACCAUGCAAUGGAAAAGAGACAACGCGAAUUGUAGGAUGGUCAGGUGCACUUAUACAAGAACCAUAUAAGGCGGUGUUGGAACAAGUUAAAAAUGUGCCAGUGGGCGUAUACGUAUCACAUACGAUAUGUGGUUCACCAGCAUACGUUUCUUUAGUACCAGGAGUUUGGAUUGUUGAAAUACAAGAAAGGAAAGUGAAAGAUUUAGAUACAUUUAUAGAGGCAAUACAUGCAUAUGAGAACGAAAUGAAAGAAACAGUUGAAGAAGAAGAUGAUGAUAAUGGUGGAUAUGUACGUAUAAAAAUUAUUAAUAGUAAUGAUGUUACAGACGUUGUAACAAUGAAACUUGAUUCACAUUAUUGGAAAACAUGGCAAUUGGUAGAAGAUAAAGAAACAUUAAGAGGUUGGAAGUAUGUAGAUACUGUAGACACUAAAGAUACUUAA